AUGAAUCAGAACGCAGCUGAGCCUGUGGCAGCAGCAGAGACCCUGGCCGAGGUACCUGAACAUGUGCUUCGAGGACUUCCGGAGGAAGUGAGGCUUUUCCCAUCUGCUGUUGACAAAACUCGGAUUGGUGUCUGGGCCACUAAACCAAUUUUAAAAGGCAAAAAGUUUGGGCCAUUUGUCGGUGACAAGAAAAAAAGAUCUCAGGUUAAGAAUAAUGUAUACAUGUGGGAGGUCUACUACCCAAAUUUGGGAUGGAUGUGCAUUGAUGCCACUGAUCCAGAGAAGGGGAACUGGCUGCGCUAUGUGAAUUGGGCUUGCUCAGGAGAAGAGCAAAAUUUAUUUCCACUGGAAAUCAACAGGGCCAUUUACUAUAAAACUUUAAAGCCAAUCGCGCCGGGCGAGGAGCUCCUGGUCUGGUACAAUGGGGAAGACAACCCCGAGAUAGCAGCUGCGAUUGAGGAAGAGCGAGCCAGCGCCCGGAGCAAGCGGAGCUCCCCGAAAAGCAGGAAAGGGAAGAAAAAAUCCCAAGAAAGUAAAAACAAAGCAAACAAAACCGAAGACAUACAGCUGAAGACAAGUGAGCCAGAUCCCAGCCUUGCAAAUAUGAGAGAUUCUGCGGAAGGCCCCAAAGACGAAGACGAGAAGCCUUCUGCUUCCACCAACGAGCAACCAGCCGUCCCUCAGGAGGUGGUGAGCCAGGAUGUGCCUCCGGAGCUCGCCCUCCCUCCCCCUGCCCACGAGCCCCAGACAGGACCAGAUGUGGAGCUGGAAGCAGCGCUCUGUGAGGCGAACGAGGUGGUGGAGGAGGAAGAGGAGGAGGAGGAAGAGGAGGAGCUGGAAGAAGAGGGAGAAGAAGCAGCUGAUGUGCCAAAUGAAAGUUCCCUGAGAGAGCCGGAGAUCCGAUGUGACGAGAAGCCCGAGGAUUUGUUAGAAGAACCAAAAACUGUUUCAAAGGAAACUCUCGAAGACUCUGCGGAGGCAGCCCUUGUUGUGAAAACUCCCAGAGCCAGAGAAGAGGCCAACGGGGAUGUGUUUGAAACAUUUCUGUUCCCAUGUCAGCACUGCGAGAGGAAGUUCACGACCAAGCAGGGACUGGAGCGGCACAUGCAUAUCCACAUGUCUACGGUCAACCACGCCUUCAAGUGCAAGUACUGUGGGAAGGCUUUCGGCACACAGAUCAACCGGCGGCGCCAUGAGCGGCGCCACGAGGCCGGGCUGAAGCGGAAACCUGAGGACCCGGCCAGCGGCAAGGCCUCCGGCGACGGUGCUCCUCCCCAGGACGACACGCAGCCCCCCAGUCUUGGGCAGGAUGGUUUGACCUUGAACUCAGAGAAGGCGUCCCAGGACUCAGUGACUACUUCCGUUGUAGAAGAGAACGGCGAAGCUAAAGAGCUUCACCCAUGCAAGUACUGUAAGAAAGUUUUCGGCACUCACACGAAUAUGAGACGGCAUCAGCGCAGAGUUCACGAGCGGCACCUGAUUCCCAAGGGGGUGCGGCGGAAAGGGGGCCUCCUGGAAGAGCCACAGCCCCCAGCAGAGCAGGCCCCGCCCGCCCCGAGUGUAUACGUCCCCAGCACAGAGCCAGAAGAGGAAGGGGAGGCAGACGAUGUGUACAUCAUGGAUAUUUCCAGCAAUAUCUCUGAGAACUUAAAUUACUAUAUUGAUGGUAAAAUUCAGACCAGCAGCAGCACCAGUAACUGUGAUGUUAUUGAGAUGGAAUCCAAUUCGGCAGACUUGUACGGAAUAAACUGUCUGCUCACUCCCGUCACAGUGGAAAUAACUCAGAACAUAAAGACCACGCAGGUCCCUAUAACCGACGAUCUCCCUAAAGAGCCUUCCAGCAGCACAAACAGUGAGUCCAAGAAACGGAGGACUGCUAGUCCGCCCGUGUUACCCAAAAUUAAAGCCGAGACUGAGUCUGAUCCUGCCACACCUUCCUGUUCCUUGAGUCUGCCUCUCAGCAUAUCAACCUCAGAGGCGGUAUCUUUCCACAAAGAGAAAAGCGUGUAUUUGUCAUCAAAGCUCAAACAGCUUCUUCAGACCCAGGAUAAAUUAACUACUCCUGCAGGGAUUUCUGCCACCGAGCUACCCAAAUUAGGCCCCGUCUGCGUGUCCGCUCCUGCGUCGAUGCUACCCGUGACCUCUAGCAGGUUUAAGAGGCGAACUAGCUCUCCCCCCAGCUCUCCCCAGCACAGCCCUGCUCUGCGAGACUUUGGAAAGCCAGGAGAUGGGAAAGCCAUGUGGACUGAGGCAGUUCUAAGCUCCAAAAAACCCAAAUUAGAGAGUCACAGCAACUCACCAGCGUGGAGUUUGUCUGGGAGAGAUGAGAGAGAAACUGGGAGCCCACCAGGCUUUGAUGAAUAUAAGGUGUCUAAAGAGUGGGCAGCUAGCUCUACUUUUAGCAACGUGUGCAACCAGCAGCCACUGGAUUUGUCCAGUGGUGUGAAACAGAAGACUGAGGGGCCAGGCAAAGCUCCGGUCCAGUGGGAAGCCGUGUUAGAUCUCAGUGUGCAUAAAAAGCCCUGUGGUGACUCUGAAGGCAAGGAAUUCAAAGAAAACCAUGUGCUGCAGCCAGCCUGCAGUGCUGUAAAGAAAAGGAAACCCACCACCUGCAUGCUGCAGAAGGUCCUUCUCAACGAAUACAAUGGCGUCGACCUCCCUGUAGAAAACGCUCCAGAUGCGUCCGGAAGCGCCAGUCCCUGUAAACCUCUAGAACCUCAGCCAGACCCUGACCUUGGUCUCAACUCAAGCUUGACUGCCGCUGUUGUCGAGUCUCCUCCUGACGUUUCUUCAUCAUCACCUGCCCUACAACCAUCUUCCCUUUCUUCCGGGCAGCUGCCGCCUCUCCUGACCCCCACCAAUCCCUCUUCUCCUCCACCCUGCCCUCCCGUGUUAACUGUUGCCACCCCGCCCCCUCCUCUGCUUCCUACCAUCCCUCUUCCAGCCCCCUCUUCCGGGGCGUCCCCUCACCCGUGUCCCUCUCCACUCUCGAAUGCCACCGCACAGUCCCCACUUCCAAUUCUGUCCCCGACGGUGUCUCCCUCGCCGUCCCCCAUUCUUUCCAUGGAGCCCGUUAUGUCUGCCGCUUCACCAGGGCCUCCAACACUCUCCUCCUCUUCCUCCUCUUCUUCCUCCUCUUCCUUUUCAUCUUCCUCCUCCUCCUCUUCCCCUUCGCCGCCGCCUCUCUCAGCAGUGUCAUCCGUGGUUUCCUCUGGGGAUAAUCUGGAAACCUCUCUCCCCAUGAUAUCUUUUAAGCAGGAGGAACUAGAGAGUGAAGACCUGAAAGCCAGGGAGGAAGCCCCAUCCACCACUGAGCAGGAGAUCAUCCAGGAGACAUUCAACAGAAACUUUGUCUGCAAUGUCUGUGAAUCACCUUUUCUUUCCAUUAAGGAUCUAACCAAACAUUUAUCCAUUCACGCUGAGGAAUGGCCCUUCAAAUGUGAAUUUUGUGUGCAGCUCUUCAAGGUGAAAAGUGAUUUGUCAGAACAUCGCUUUAUGCUUCAUGGCGUUGGGAAUAUCUUUGUGUGUUCAGUUUGUAAAAAGGAGUUUGCAUUCUUGUGCAAUCUGCAGCAGCACCAGCGAGAUCUCCACCCGGAUAAGGUGUGCACGCACCAUGAGUUCGAAAGCGGCACCCUGAGACCCCAGAACUUUACGGAUCCCAGCAAGGCCCACAUCGAGCACAUGCAGAGUUUGCCAGAAGACCCUCUAGAAGCAUCUAAAGAAGAAGAGGAGUUGAACGAUUCUUCUGAAGAGCUUUAUACGACCAUCAAAAUAAUGGCUUCUGGAAUAAAGACGAAGGAUCCAGAUGUUCGAUUGGGUCUCAACCAACAUUACCCAAGCUUUAAACCACCCCCAUUCCAGUACCAUCACCGCAGCCCCCUGGGCAUUGGUGUGACGGCCACAAACUUCACUACGCACAACAUCCCACAGACGUUUACCACCGCCAUUCGCUGCACCAAGUGUGGGAAGGGCGUGGACAAUAUGCCUGAACUGCACAAACACAUCCUGGCAUGUGCUUCUGCGAGUGACAAGAAGAGGUACACCCCCAAGAAAAACCCGGUCCCGCUGAAGCAGACUGUGCAACCCAAAAACGGCGUGGUGGUUCUGGACAACUCUGGGAAAAACGCCUUCAGACGAAUGGGCCAGCCCAAAAGACUGAACUUUAGUGUGGAGCUCAGCAAAAUGUCCUCGAAUAAGCUCAAGUUAAACGCGUUAAAGAAAAAAAACCAGCUCGUCCAGAAAGCAAUCCUGCAGAAAAACAAGUCCGCAAAGCAGAAGGCUGACCUAAAAACCACUCCCGAGUCGUCUUCCCACGUCUGCCCGUACUGCCACAGAGAGUUCACGUACAUCGGGAGCCUGAACAAGCAUGCCGCUUUCAGCUGUCCCAAAAAACCUCUUUCUCCUUCCAAAAAAAAACUUUCCCACUCUUCCAAGAAAGGGGGGCACCCGUCACCUGCCGGGAGUGACAGAAACAACAGCAGCAGCCACCGCAGACGGACAGCAGACGCUGAGAUUAAAAUGCAGAGCAUGCAGGCGCCUCUGGGCAAGACCAGAGCUCGCAGCUCGGGCCCCUCGCAGGUGCCGCCACCCCCCUCGUCCUUCAGGUCCAAGCAGAAUGUUAAAUUCGCCACUUCGGUCAAGUCCAAAAAACCAAGCUCCUCUUUAAGGAACUCGAGCCCCAUACGCAUGGCCAAAAUGACUCACAGCGAGAGCAAGAAGCCCAAAGCUGCAGCCAAGAACCAUGCAACUCCCCUCUCAGGCAAGACGUCAAGGAGCCUGCACGUGAGGGCUCAGAAGAGCAGAGCCGUCUUACAGAGCAAGUCGGCCUUGGCCAGUAAGAAACGGACAGACAGGUUCAGUGUAAAAUCCAGAGAACGGAGUGGGGGGCCAAUCACCCGAAGCCUGCAGCUGGCGGCUUCUGCCGACCCGAGUGAGAACAGGAAGGAGGAUGGCAGUGGCAAGCAGGAGCUGAAGGACCUCAGCUACAGUCUCCGCCUGGCAUCCCGAUGUCCUCCGCCAGCUGCCCCGUAUAUCACCAGACAGUGUAGGAAUGUCAAGGCCACAGCUGCAGCCCAGCUCCAGGGAUCCCUCCUCAAAGAGUAG